AUGGCUUUAUAUGUCAUACUGGCUGUGUCGGAAAAAUCCAGGACUGUUGAUUCAGACCUCAACGCCCACCUGAAGAGUGCAGCUACCAACUUCGAUCGUCAAGCACUUCUCGCUGAAGAUCGCGACUGGUGGUAUGAUUUUGAUGACCAUCCCAACUUUCAUAAUGCCGUCGGCUCCGUCAUUACAGCUGACGCCGCAAGUUUCCCUGCUCUGACUGGACUAGGCAUCAGUAUUGCGCUGUUGAAGCUUGCUCCUUGUGGCAUGUUGCCACCGCACCUUCAUCCACGGGCAACAAACCUCGUCACAGCUAUCACGGGAAAUACAACCUCAUGGAUGAUUGGAGAGAAUGGUGUCAAGACUCACAGGGUUGAUCUUACACCUAUGCGGAUGACCAUUUUCCCACAAGGUAGCUUGCAUGUCAUGCAGAAUAAUGAUUGCGAACCCGCUCUCUUAGUGAGCUCUCUCAAUAGCGAUGAUAGUGGUACACUCAAUAUUCUACCAAGUCUUUGGUCCUUUCCGCAAGACAUCAUCCAGGCGGGAUUCGGCAGUUCCGCCAUCAACAUUGUCGAUUUGGGUAGCAACAUCCCUGCCCCUGGUACUGGUGCUAUUAUUGGCAGUAUUGAGUGCAAGAAGAGAUGUGGAAUCGAGCACGGAAAAGUUUAA